GUGUUCGUCGAUCGUUCUUUCCUCUGCGUUCGGAGGUCGUGAAUUGCCCGGCCUGGGAGGAAUUCGCAGCAAUGGCGAGGCGCUCCUGAAGAAUUUGGAGUUUCUUGGAGCUUGGUGACCGGGAGGGAAGGCCAAGAAUUCCUUGCUCUCUGCCAGCCAGCCAGCCAGCCAGCCAUGGCGUCGAGGGACUUCCUGGGCAGGUUCGGCGGCGAGAAGGGCGCGUCGUCGGACAAGGCGGGGGGCGGCGCCGGCGAGUCGGACGACGUGGUCGAGCUCAGCCUCGGCCUGUCCCUGGGCGGCAGCUUCGGCGCCAACUCCGGGCGGGACGCCAAGAAGCCGCGCCUCGUGCGCUCCUCCUCCCUCGCGUCCUCCGUGUGCUCGCCCUACGGCAGCGACGACCUCGCCGCCGCCACGCCCGCGCCGGCGCCGCUGAUGCGCACCAGCUCGCUGCCCACCGAGACCGAGGAGGAGCGGUGGCGCCGCCGCGAGAUGCAGAGCCUCAAGCGCCUCCAGGCCAAGCGCAAGCGCCUCGAGCGCCGCAACUCCAUGAACUCCGGCAAGUCCGGGGGCAGCGGCCGGGACGACGCGCAGGAGCCGCUCUACCCGAGCGCGUUCCAGCUCCGGCGCUCCGUCGUCGCGCAGGGGAACGCCUCCUCCAGCAUGCCAGAGCAAGGUAGCGGUGAUGGCGCUGAUGUGAGGAGCACAUCGAGCAUGGAAACGUCUUCCGACAAUAAUAACAGUAAUAAUAGCGCGAGCAACCAGCAGAGUAAGUCUCUUCCACCGCCGUCGCCGUUGCCGCCGGCCGGCAAGCCGCCUCCGACGCCGAACGGCGUCGCUAAGGAGCAACCGCCGCCGUUGCGAACCCUCCGGUCGCUGACGAUGCGCACGACGAGCACCGGCGACCUGCGGAAGAGCAUGAUGGAGGACAUGCCGAUGGUCUCCUCCAAGGUGGACGGCCCCAACGGCAAGAAGAUCGACGGCUUCCUCUACAAGUAUAGGAAAGGGGAGGAGGUGAGGAUCGUGUGCGUCUGCCACGGCAACUUCCUCACGCCGGCGGAGUUCGUGAAGCACGCCGGCGGCGACGACGUCACCAACCCGCUCAGGCACAUCGUCGUCAACCCCACGCCGUCGGUCUUCUUGUAACUGCCGAAAUGUACCUACAUGGGGGAGAGGUGUUAUCUUCUGCCCUUUCUUUCACUCUGAAUUUUUAGUUAUUAUGUUACUGCCCUUACCUUUCCAUUGAGUGGAAAGGAAUGCAGGGCCUGAGGUGUUUUACUGUAAGUUAAGGGAGUGAACUAAUUUGAGAGAUAUGUCAGCUUUACAA